GUCAUCUGUGCCAAGAUGCCUUCCCUCCUUGCUUUAAAAUGUCUGGGGAAAUUGUGCAGCUCUGAGAAAAGCAAAGUUGCCUCAUUUGAAAGAACCAGUACCAGGGGCUCGUACAGAAGGAGACUGAUUGUCGAGGACGUGAGUGUCCCUGGAAGCCCCUGUCCUGCUCCCAGGUGGGCCACCAUCACACACUUGCUCUAUCUGCAUCCUGAGGACCACUGCACGUGUAGGCACUUGUUUAGCAGCUUUGAGCCCCUUGUGGCCCACCCUCAGGACCCUCACCACCCCUCAGAGAAGCCCGUCAUCCACUGCCAUAAAUGUGGGGAGCCAUGCAAGGGUGAAGUGCUUCGGGUCCAGACCAGACAUUUCCACAUCAAAUGCUUCACCUGCAAAGUGUGUGGCUGUGACCUGGCCCAAGGGGGCUUCUUCAUAAAGAACGGGGAGUAUCUCUGCACCCUGGACUACCAGCGGAUGUAUGGGACACGCUGCCAUGGCUGUGGGGAGUUCGUGGAAGGAGAGGUGGUGACUGCUCUGGGCAAGACCUACCAUCCCAACUGCUUUGCUUGUACCAUCUGCAAGCGCCCGUUUCCACCAGGCGACCGAGUCACGUUCAAUGGGAGGGACUGCCUUUGUCAACUCUGUGCACAGCCGAUGUCAUCCAGCCCUAAAGAAACCUCCUGCUCCAGCAACUGUGCUGGCUGCGGAAGAGAUAUCAAGAACGGACAGGCGCUGCUCGCACUGGAUAAGCAGUGGCACUUGGGGUGCUUUAAAUGCAAGUCCUGCGGGAAGGUCCUCACCGGGGAGUACAUCAGCAAGGACGGCGCUCCAUAUUGCGAAAAGGAUUACCAGGGGCUGUUUGGGGUGAAAUGCGAAGCGUGUCACCAGUUUAUCACAGGCAAAGUCCUGGAGGCAGGUGACAAACAUUACCACCCUAGCUGUGCACGAUGCAGCAGAUGCAACCAGAUGUUCACAGAAGGAGAAGAAAUGUAUCUUCAAGGUUCUACCGUUUGGCAUCCCGACUGUAAGCAAUCUACUAAGACAGAGGAAAAACUGCGGCCAACCAGGACUUCCUCCGAAAGUAUUUAUUCUAGACCAGGCUCCAGUAUCCCUGGCUCACCAGGUCAUACCAUCUAUGCAAAAGUAGACAAUGAAAUCCUGGAUUACAAGGAUUUAGCAGCCAUUCCCAAGGUGAAGGCAAUUUAUGACAUUGAGCGUCCGGAUCUUAUUACUUACGAGCCUUUCUACGCUUCAGGCUACGAUGACAAGCAGGAGAGACAGAGUCUUGGAGAGUCUCCAAGGACUUUGUCUCCAACUCCAUCAGCAGAAGGCUACCAGGACGGCCGGGACCGGCUGAUCCACCGGUCCACCAGCCAGGGCUCCAUCGGCUCCCCCGCAUACAGCCGCCACAGCUACACGCCCACCACCUCGCGCUCUCCCCAGCACUUUCACAGGCCUGGCAAUGAGCCGUCCAGCGGCCGGAACUCCCCUCUCCCUUACCGGCCAGACAGCCGCCCUUUAACUCCAACUUACGCUCAGGCCCCUAAACAUUUCCAUGUUCCAGAUCAAGGGAUCAACAUUUACCGAAAACCACCCAUCUACAAACAGCAUGCUGCCUUGGCAGCCCAGAGCAAGUCUGCAGAAGACAUCAUCAAGUUUUCCAAGUUCCCAGCAGCCCAGGCACCAGACCCCAGCGAGAUACCAAAGAUUGAGACGGACCACUGGCCCGGUCCCUCCUCGUUUGCCGCCGUAGGAACUGAUAUGAGACGCAGAUCUAGUGGCAGAGAGGAAGACGAUGAAGAACUUCUGAGACGCCGGCAGCUUCAAGAAGAGCAGUUAAUGAAGCUCAACUCAGGUCUGGGGCAGUUGAUCCUGAAAGAAGAGAUGGAGAAGGAGAGCCGAGAAAGGUCAUCCCUGUCAGCCAGUCGCUAUGAUUCUCCCAUCCACUUAGCUUCACAUGCUCCAUCAUCUAAAACCUCAUCUCUCCCAGGCUAUGGAAGAAACGGGCUUCACCGGCCCGUUUCCACGGACCUUGCUCAGUAUAAUUGCUACGGGGAUGUCAGCGGUGGAGUGCGAGACUACCAGACACUCCCAGAUGGUUACAUGCCGGGGAUGAGAAUGGACCGAGGCGUGUCUAUGCCCAACAUGUUGGAACCAAAGAUAUUUCCAUAUGAAAUGCUCAUGGUGACCAACAGAGGGCGCAACAAAAUCCUAAGAGAUGUGGACAGAACCAGGUUGGAGCGCCAUUUAGCCCCUGAAGUGUUUCGGGAAAUCUUCGGAAUGUCCAUACAGGAGUUUGACAAGUUACCUCUUUGGAGGCGCAAUGACAUGAAGAAAAAAGCAAAACUCUUCUAGGUCCCACAAGUAGACAGCAAUUAGAGAAAGGAAUGACAAUGGCUGUGACACAUAGGGUGUUAUACCAAGGCCCAGACUUGAUUGGAGAAUUUGAAAACCACCAUCACUCAGCAUCAACAAAAAGGGAAAAUCUGAUUAAAUAUGAGCCAACUACUGGGCCAACCAGCAGCAACAUUUGCCAAGAAGCAAAGGGGGUAGAAGUUUCUAUGUUCUCAAACCCCACAGUAGUGUUCACCUGUGACCUUUUUACGUUACCUUAUGCCUGCAACAGGAGCUCCUUUCUUCUUCUGUUUUUGUUUAACUGUUGUCUGACAACAGUGCUGACUGUAAGGAUGAGACAGCAAGUGCCCUUAGGAAGCCACAUGGAAAAAAAGAGCAUAGUAAAAUCCAAAGCAUAAAUAUAUUUAUUGAGUAGCACUGUGGCUAGGAAAGAAGAGUUGGAGGAACAUAUCUGUGGGGCGGCAGCCAUUCUGCACCGGCCUUUCCUUGCUGGCUUGAGCCUCUGCCCAUGCUCUCGGGCAGUGGAAAUCAGCCUCAGUCAGGCCAGCAUGCAGCUUGUUAGCGUGGGCUGAGCAUCAGCAAAAAUUAUCUUUACCAAGCUCCUUGUUCUCUACUGUUGGCUAGGACCUGGUUGGCAAAUGACUUGGCUAUUACUGAAAUUGUUUAAGAAGAGAAAGAAGGAAAAGGAAUGAAAGGAAACCUCGCUUAACUCUUUCUGCUGCUUAAGAUUGUGCUUAAUUCUUCCUCCCCACUAAGGACAAGGGGCUGUCUUGAGCCCCACCUUUGCAAAGAAAGGAAAGGGAAAAGUUGUCUUCAGAGUAGCCAGGUUGCGUGCUGUUAGCUGAUUCUCACAGCCAUUUUUUGCCCAGGUGCCAUACCACUCGUGGCAAAAAAAAAAAAAAAAAGUUCUGUGUCCUCCCAACACAACUUCUACAACUCGGCGUCCUCUGUAUCUGGUAUCCUGUGAAUCAGAUUGAACCCAGUGCUGAUUUUGUUUUUUAACAUCAUUUCAGUAAUAGGUUAAGGCAUGGUUUUCUUUUUUAAAUCUCUGCAACUCCAAAGUAAGUUGCCUCAAAUAGAUUUAAUUGGGCCUUUUGCCUUCUUACCUAGCAUUGUUGACUUCAUGGUUCGGUGUACUUCUUGUUUGUUUUUUUGUUUUAACUUACCUAAGGUAGUUUUGUGAGUCUGCAUGUGAUUUUUAGUCUCACUUCUGCUUGAAUGUUCGUCCCACUGUGCCACAGCUUCUCAGGGACAUUUGUGCAGGUGCCCAUGACCCAAAGAUCAAGAGUGAGGUCAAACUGCCCGCCCCAGUGUCACCCCCUUCUGUGACUUCUAGCAGCCGGCAUGCUCCAUGCACUGGGUAGCCCAGGUUAGCGUCAGACUGUGCAGACCCUGACGUGGGAUCAGGCUGUGUGUGGAGAUGAGAGCAUCGCACUAGAGCCCUCAUACUCUGAAGCGUGAGAUUUAAAUUUGAGCCUUGCAUUUCACCAAAACUUGUGUGUAAGACCACAGGGAUUCCUCAAAGCCUCUCGCCAUGGCUCGGGUGGGCAUGAGUCGGAUGAGGGAUGGUCUCCAACUGUACACACAGGAAGUUAAGUCACAUUUAUUCUCAUGCUUUGGGCUCCGCUUAGGAAUUUAAGCUCUGUUUUAAAGCCAAUGUAGAAAGCAUUUGAAUUCACCUACAUAAGCCACUGAUAAUAAAAGUUCAGAAAUUCUUCACUAGCUGUCUUAAAAGUUCAGGAAUUCUUCACUAGCUGUCUCUCUGAUACCAACUCUGAACCCUGCUGCAGACCUGCAACUUGCAACACACUUCCGUGAGCUGGGUGCUGUAGUAGACACUGUAUUUGCUUUAUAAUAUUCUGCUGGUCUCUUCCUGAAGGAAUCUACAUUUGCUUGUCCUGUCAGUGCUACGCAGUAAAUGUUUGAGGGCUGUUCUCACAAGUGUGUAGGUGUGUGUGGAUGUGUGCAUUGGCCCUACUAAUAUAUUUAGCAAAUGGCUGUGACAGGGUAGAGUUGAGGAGCUGACAGCAGCUCCUCUCUGGUCUGAAGCCAGACUGCAGCUUGCAGUUUUACCCCUUCAAGUAUCAGUUGCCUCUUACUUAUUUGGUAAAUUUGUUCCCAUCUUCCCUCUGACUUCCCCGGCAUUGGCAGCUUCAGCCCAGAGUCUGUGUGUCCUGGUCCUUGCUUGGCUCUGGCAAAGCAAGGGGUCCAUCCUACCCUUCAAGCUCCUUGAGUAUGUGUGAGUGUAGUAUUUUCCCAAUAGUUCCCUACCACAAUCAAUAACAAUGAUGGCUGGGUGGGUCCCAGCACUUUGCUGGCAGGGACUUUUUUUUUUUCAUUAUGGAGAUAAUAAAGGACCCCCAAUGUUUUUCAUCAGUUGAUGAGUUGUGACCCAAGCACACUCUUGCAAAUCAGAUGCCAGUUUUAGAAAAAUGAAACCACUGGGAAAACACGGGCACAAUCAGGUUGGUUUUGCUAAAAUUCCUACCUGUUGGUCUAAGUAAGGAGGGUAUGGUCCUGUCAUAGUAUAGGGAUAUUAGACUGAUAAUAUAUCAUUGCUAAGAUUGCAGUGACAAAGAACUAAACCCUAAAUCUGCUCCCACUAAUGAAAUCUUCAUUUUUCUUGUGUCUUUUGAACUCAUGUCUGCAUCCAGCUUGGGGGUGGGAGGGGGGUGGGGGCUUGUUUCCUUAUCAAGUAUAUUAGCUAAUUUAAAUACCCUAUGUAAAAAUGCAUUGCCAGAAAACGUCAGUGGCCUCCUGUCUGCUGUGCGGAGAGAACAUUAGAUACUAGAAUGCAAAGUGGGCUCCCUAACUUCACUCCCCAGAAGAAGGCUGCAGCUGGGAGGAAGGGUUGUGGGGCAACCUGGUUCUCCUAGGUGCGGAAUUGAAUCUAUGGGCUGCAAUGGCCUUUCUAUUUUAAGUGGGCUCAGCAUGUGUGUCCUCAGAAUGUCCAGGCCACAGUACAGGAGGUCAGUGUUCCCUGCUUUAAACCUGUCCUGACGUAAAAAUUCAGAUUGACACAGUCAAGUUAACAGAGAUUAUCAACUCGAGGAUUUAUAUACAUGGCACGCAUCCCUGGUGUGUAUCUAAAGGGCUACAUUUUUGAGCGUUUGGCUUACUUCACACUGAUUGCAUAAAGUAAAAGGGGCCCAUGUGAGAAUAUGAAAAUCAGUGCUUCCUUUAAAAUUUCUUCCAGAAAAGCCAGGAUAUCACUUAGUCUUCCUGUGUUAUUUAUUAUAUGAUAUGAAGAGCAUUUGGAAGCUUGUACAGACAACUAUGCAUCUGCAUUUUGGUUUGGGGUUAGUUUUGAGGCGUUCUUAAUAUGACUUCUCUGAUAGCUAAAGAUAAACUGCUUGUUCUGUGAAACCUCAAACAGAAAAGUUAGAUUUAAUGGGCAAUAAGGUACAAAAAGAAAAAAAACAACAAGAGAUAGUUAUCUAUCUGUCUUGUGCUCUGGACUCUCCCCGCCCUCCCAGUCCAUCCCAAAAAGUCUGUUGUUUCCAAUUCUCAUCCCAUCCCCCUCAAUCUGGUUCUGUCAGUCAACUCGGAGAAGUCUUAAUGGGAAUGUUUUUAAGACUUUCACCUAAUUUCCUUACAUGUUGGAGCCAACACCUUUUUCUAAAGAAUUGCUUCUCAGAUGAUGUAUUAAAAUAUAUACGCUUUUGCAAGUUUAAAAAAGCCAAACUAACCACUUUUGACUAGGUAGGUCUUUCUAAAAACUAUCUAAAGCAGAUGUGGCGUUAGUGUUCGCUGAAGCGUCGCAGGGGCAGACGACUGCUCCUGGUCGUGUGCUCAGUGGGAGGAAAAUGAACCUGGUGCCAUCAGCCCGUCAGUGCCUCUGAAGCAAGUUCAGUUUUUAUCAGCCACCUCUUCUGUAUGUCUGAUCACCAUUCAAUCUGUAUUUCCUAUGCCAAUCUUGAUUUUACUUGAUUUUUAAACAUUAUUUUCAUUUGUGGAACCAAGUGUUUGUCAGUAUGCCCCAAAACUCACUUGUCAGGGCUCCCAUUUGAGGAAGUUGCUAUCCAGAAAAUGCUCAUUUAAGGCUCAAGCUUUGCAAUGAUACCCCACUCUAAUGAGGAUGUACAUUAUGUUGUCAUGAGAGAAAGAGAAACCUUCAUGUUUAACAUUUUUAAAAGAUCACUAGCUUUCCAUUUGCUGCCCAGGCCACAGCAGGGGGAUGGUGGCUGAUGUGCUUUGCAUAUGAAUGUUUAUAUUUUUAUUUGGUCAAGUUUAAUUCAUGGGAAACUCAAACGAAAAUCAAAGGGGAAGGUGGACAGUUUAAAAUGAAAGAAACUUUCCAAACAAUAUACGUGUACUCUGAAAAUAACCCAACAUUUUCUGAAUCUUAGUGUAAUUGAGCCCCGAUUGUUACCAUUAAAUAAAGUCUUUUCCCACAGUGUCUCUCUUGAGUGAAGUUCCCUUGAGUCACUUCCUGAACCCACUGGCCAGAGGUGGAAGGAGACGACACCAUGUACAGUAACAAUUCAGAAAGGCCAUGAGCCCCUGAGUGACUGGAUAUGCUUCUUGGCCUUAUGGAGGGGAAAACAGUUGUCCACCAAACUGAUGUUCUAGUUGGUUCUUAUGUUCAGACCUGUCCAGUAAUAAACAUGUGAUUUCUGUGAA